AUGGCUGCCUCUGGCCUCCUGUCUUGGCUGCCGCCCUUCCUCCAGCCGCAGCAGCAGCAGCAGCAGCAGCAGCAGCAGCAGCAGCAGCAGCAGCAGCAAGAGGCAGCAAGCGGCUGGCUGCAGCAUGCUGCGCGGGAGCAGCCGCGGGCCGCGUCGGCUGGGCCCUCCUCAUGGAGACGCGAACAGCAUCAGGAGCAGGAGCAGGAGCGAGAGCAGCAGCAAGAGCGGCUCUUGCAGUGGCCGAGCGGCCUGUUGCGCUCAAAAAGCACCCCCGCGCCCUCCAUGGACGCGCCCGGCUACGACAGCCUCCCACCGCCUGCCAGUGAUGCCGGGGGAAGUCGUGGAGGGGGCGCACACCGCAGCGGCGAUAGCGCCAACGGUGGCAGCGGCGGCGGCUCCGGGUCCGACGGCGGCGGCUCGGGCGGCGGCGGCGCUCCGGAGGCGGACGCGGAAGCUGAGGCGAAGCUGCUCGCCGACCCGCCGCAGGAGCUGCAGCAGCUGCUGGAGCUGCUUGGGACGCCCUCAGACGCGGGGUCCGCGUUUGCGAUAGCGCACAAGCGUGAGCUGUUGGUGCGCCACUUUGUGCAGCAGCGGCGCGGCGCGAAGCGGCGGCAGGAGCUGCGGGUGUUGGGGAGCCCGGAGCCCGGAGGGCCGCAGCCGCGGAAGCCGGGCGGCGCACGGUAUCCAAGUGAGGAUCCUGCGCCUGCUGAGUCAGUGGAAGGGGAGGAGGCGGCGGAGAGAAACGACGGCCGCGGCGGCGCGGUGGCGCGCGCGUCGGCGGCGCCCGCGGCGGCUGUGGAGCGGCCGCAGGUGGCACCGGCAGAGGCAGCGGCGGAGGGAGCGGCGGGCGCAGGGGCGGCGGCGGCGGCCGACGCGGCAGCGGCCAGGGCGGAGGCUGUGGACCCUGAUUCGAUGGGGCUGAAAGAGCUGGCGCGGCACUCACUCAUUGAGCUGGCCCAGCUGCCCGAGCGCAUCGCCGAGAGCCUGGCCGCGUGGCGCAGCGGCGUGGACGCCGCAGCGGCGUGCGUGCCGGCGGCGGCUGCAGCGGCGGCGGCGGCGGCGGCGCUGCCGCAGGGCGGCGGCGGGGACGGCGGCGACAGCAGGAGGGCCCCUGUGGUGGUGGUGCCGGACCGCGAGGCGUUCUCGCGCCUGCUGCUGCACCGUAACGCCAUCCAGGACCACAUCCCAGACGCAUACCUGGCGGCGCUGCACCGGCUGCGGCGGCGGCAGCAGGAGCUGCGGGCGCCGGCGGCGCAGCGGGAGGCGCAGGAGCAGCAGGGGGGCCCAGCGUAG